ACGUGUCUGCUCUCUGUCAUCUUCUUCAGCCUCGCGACUCUGUGCAAAGCAUAUUCUUUGCUUCUUCUUCAUUCAUCCUUCUUCUUCUUCUUCCUCCUACUUCCAUAUCGCAGAGCUCUGGGGAGCCUAAAGAUGGCGCAAAAUCGCAUUUUUUCACCACGAAUCCUUCUGUUUUCUGUGUUAAUUUGGGCUUUGAAUGCGGCUUCCGCCGAAAUGGUGGUGCGCCUAUCGCCAAGAAACGGGAAACCCUGUUUUAGCAGCACGUUCAGUCGCAUUUUCGAGGCUUCAAAAAACGGAAUUUUUCAACUGGACAAUGGCUUGGCUGAGACUCCGCAAAUGGGAUGGAAUAGCUGGAACUUCUUUGCCUGCAAUAUCAAUGAAACUGUAAUCAAAGAAACAGGUACUUCUUCCCCCUCUUUGGGAAAUAUCGACCAGUUCCUGUAUUAGUUUCAUCCUUUUCCUGGAAUUGAUGAGCGAUGCAUGAAUGUGCUUCUUGAAGUAGGGUAGUGAAUUAGCAAGAUCAUGUCAAGUGAUUAUGCUACACAGUGCAUGCCUAAAUUAUGGACAAUCCUCAGCACAAUCGAUGCCUGGUAUUUAAAAUUAUAAGGAUGCAUUGCUGUCUCGCUAAUAUCCACAUCAAGUGUGUUGUGCACAACGACACUAACUUGUCCCAAAAAGGGGAUAUGACAAAGAUUAAGUCUUCUGAUGCACUCAUUUCAACGGGGUUGGCUGCUUUAGGCUAUGUAUAUGUUAAUAUAGAUGAUUGCUGGUCCGCUGCAGAGCGAAAUCCGGAGGGUCAACUGGUCCCUGAUCCAAAAACUUUCCCAUCAGGGAUUAAAGCGCUUGCUGAUUAUGUACAUGACAAAGGCCUCAAGCUCGGUAUUUAUUCUGAUGCUGGGAUUUUUACUUGUCAAGUUCGACCUGGAUCAUUGUACCAUGAAAAAGAGGAUGCAGAGCUCUUUGCUUCUUGGGGUGUGGAUUAUUUGAAGUAUGACAACUGUUACAAUCUGGGAAUCAAACCAGAAGAAAGAUAUCCACCAAUGCGUGAUGCUCUAAAUGCAACGGGAAGGACGAUUUUCUACUCCCUCUGUGAAUGGGGUGUUGAUGAUCCUGCCUUAUGGGCAGGCAAAGUUGGGAACAGUUGGCGCACAACAGAUGACAUAAAUGACUCUUGGGUAAGUAUGACCACUAUUGCAGAUUUGAAUAAUAAGUGGGCAGCCUAUGCAGGACCUGGUGGAUGGAAUGAUCCUGAUAUGCUCGAAGUUGGCAAUGGAGGAAUGACUUACCAGGAAUACCGUGCUCAUUUUAGCAUCUGGGCUCUAAUGAAGGCCCCUCUUUUAAUUGGUUGCGAUGUGAGAAACAUGACUGCAGAAACAUUAGAGCUUUUAAGCAAUGCAGAAGUCAUUGCCGUAAACCAAGAUUCACUUGGUGUCCAGGGAAGGAGGGUUCACUCUUCUGGUACAGAUGGUUGCAAGCAGGUUUGGGCAGGACCAUUGUCGGGACACAACUUGGUUGUUGCCCUGUGGAACCGAUGCUCAAAAGCUGCAACCGUCACUGCUAAUUGGGAAGCAAUUGGGCUUGAAUCCAGCACUGGUGUCUCUGUUCGAGAUUUGUGGCAGCACGAACAAGUUGCAGAUGAUGCAGUAUCGUCGUUCAGUUCUCGAGUCGACGCACAUGAUUGCCACAUGUAUAAAUUCACGCCUAAUACGGUAUCUCAUUGGGAGAUCUAGUUCACCACCCAUAGGUGUGGUUUUGCAUUGGGGCGGUACUACUUGAUUACGGUUCUGCAGCUCAUUUGAAACUCUCAAAGAAUGAUGUUAUAAGGUGUUGAUUUAUAUGAGAGAACUGGCCAAAGUUUCAGCUUUUGGUUAUUCAUUGUAUAACCUUGGGAAAUGCAGAGAAAAACCGUUCCAUGUGUGAAUUUAAUUCUACCUUUCUCAAA